AUGAAGCAGCGCUUUUCUUCCUUGGACGUCAAGGCCAUUACCAAUGAGCUCUCUCAAGCUCUUGUCGGCCUUCGACUCGCCAAUAUAUACGACAUCUCCUCCAAGAAGUUUCUCCUCAAGUUCGCGAUAUCCGGAAAGAAGGAACAGCUGAUCGUGGACUCUGGUUUCCGACUCCACACCACUGAGUUCACUCGCCCCACGGCCGCCGCCCCCUCGGCCUUUACCUCUCGCCUCAGGAAAUUCCUCAAGACCCGGCGAUGCACCUCUCUGUCGCAGAUAGGCACAGACAGGAUAAUAGAGUUGCAGUUCAGCGACGGCGGCUACCGACUCUUCCUCGAAUUCUUUGCAUCCGGAAACGUCAUCCUCACUGAUGCCGACCUCAAGAUCCUGGCAAUAUUGCGGACCGUUCACGAGGGAGAGGGGCAAGAACCGCAGAGGGUAGGCCUGACGUACAGCCUCGAGAACCGCCAAAAUUACGGAGGUGUCCCGCCUCUGACCAAAGAGCGAGUACGAGAAGCGCUGAAAAAGUCAGUGGCGAAGGUGGAAGCCGUGGACGCCUCUAAGAAGAAGCCCAAGAGAAAGGCAGGAGAUGAGCUCCGGAGGGGCCUGGCAACAACUAUAGAGGAAUUGCCACCCAUAGUGGUCGAUCACGCCUUCCUAGCCACCGGAUUCGAACCGACCACCAAGCCAGCUGAUGUGCUCGAGAAUGAGACCUUAUUCGACGCGCUCUUCAAGUCGUUGGAAGAGGCCAGGAGAAUAGUGGAUGAUAUCACGGGUUCGACGAACUGCAAAGGAUACAUCAUUGCAAAGAGCCGUGAACCUAAAGCAGCCGGGCCGGCGCAGCCACAAGGAGACAUGCCACCUAGUCUCCUCUAUGAAGAUUUCCAACCCUUCGUGCCCCGCAAGUUCGAAAAGGACGACACGUAUACCAUUUUGACUUUCGACAACUACAACAAGACGGUAGACGAAUUUUUCUCGUCCAUUGAGGGACAGAAGCUCGAGUCAAGACUCAAUGACAAGGAAGCCGCUGCCAAACGCAAGCUGGAAGCUGUCCGAGAAAUACAAGAGCAAAAGGUGGAAGGCCUCAAGCAAGCGCAGAUACUGAACAUGCGCAAGGCCGGCGCUCUUGAGGCCAACGUCGACCGAGUACAAGAGGCCCUGGACGCUGUGAACGGUCUCAUAGCGCAGGGCAUGGACUGGGUCACCGUCGGCAAGUUGAUUGAGAGAGAGCAGAAGCGACGGAAUCCUGUGGCUCAGGUCAUCAAAUUGCCCUUGAAUCUGGAACAGAACUCAAUGACACUGCUUCUUGCCGAGGAGGAGGAGGAGGACGAAGAAGAUGUCGACGAAGACUCGGAACAUACCUCAGAAGACGAGAGCGAUGACGAGGGAGACAAGCGCAAGAAGUUGGAUUCUAAGCUUUCCAUCGAGAUCAAUCUCGGACUGUCCCCAUAUGCCAAUGCCCGCGAAUACUACGACCAGAAGAAGACGGCUGCAGAAAAAGAACAGAAGACCGUUGGUCAUUCGGUGUUGGCUCUGAAGAGUGCUGAAAAGAAGAUUGCCGAAGACCUCAAGAAGGGACUCAAGCAGGAGAAGCCAAUUCUACACCAGCUGCGCCGCCAGAGCUGGUUCGAGAAGUUCAUAUGGUUCAUUUCUUCGGAUGGCUACCUUGUCCUGGGUGGCCGAGAUGCCAUGCAGAACGAGAUGCUGUACAAGAAGCACCUUCGCAAGGGAGACGUAUACGUUCAUGCUGACAUGCACGGUGCUGCAUCCGUCAUCGUCAAGAAUAACCCUAAGACGCCGGAUGCCCCCGUUCCCCCUUCCACAUUGUCGCAGGCUGGCAGCCUGUCAGUCUGCUCAUCAAAUGCUUGGGACUCGAAAGCUGGUAUGGGAGCCUGGUGGGUCAAUGCAGAGCAGGUCUCUAAGUCCGCCCCUGCAGGAGAGUUCUUGCCCUCCGGAAGCUUUAUGGUGCGAGGCAACAAGAAUUACCUUCCUCCACAGCCACUGAUACUGGGAUUCGGCUUCUUGUUCAGGAUUAGCGAGGAGAGCAAGGGUAACCACGUUAAGCACAGGCUUAUGGACGCGGAGACUUUGCCAACCAAACACGUUCAAGAAGCUCAAAACCACGAAGCUGAGCUCGCAGAAGAAGUAGCCGACCUUGAGCGUGAGGUAGCACAGCAUGAGCAGGACAAGAACGACUCAGAUGGCGGCCUUGACGACGACGAAGGCUCUCGGAGACAGAAUCCGCUGCAGAUGAAUGGCGACGACGAGUCGAACAGUGGCGAUGACAUCGACGUGCGAACCGACGACGAUGAUCACGUCGACCACCAGGUAGACCAUGUGAAGGACAAUGUCAAUGAGCUCAGCCUCGAAGAGCCUGCCGAGCUGAUGAUGUCGGGGGCCUUGGCUGCUGACGGUGGCGAGCACGAGAAUCCGUUCGCAGAUGGUGUAAACGGCGACAAAAUUGCUGAGCCAGGGGCUGGUUCGGAUGCUGAAGACACAGAAUCAGAGACGGCCACCAAGGCUCCUACUGAGGCAUCGAGGGCCUCCACUGCCACUACUUCACAACAAGCGAAAGACCCAAGGCAGAAGAAUGCUCCGGCGAAACGAGGCAAGAAGAACAAGCAGAAGAAGAUCGCUGCCAAGUACAAGGACCAAGAUGAGGAAGACCGUGCCAUGCAUGAGGAGCUCAUUGGCGCCACCAAGGGCCGCGAAAAGGCCGAGGCAGAAGCCAGAGCCAAGGCGGAGCGCCUGGCAGAGGAGGAAGCCCGGCGCGAGCGCCGCAAGCAAGCCCAGCAGAAACAGCAGAAGAAGGUCGCCGAGCACGAGGAAAUCCGCAAGCUGAUGCUCGAAGAAGGUGUCGAGGUGCUGGAUGACGGCGAGGAGCAGGCAUCCACCCCGCUCGACUCCCUAGUUGGCACGCCACUCCCCGGCGAUGAGAUUGUCGAGGUCGUGCCCGUGUGUGCGCCGUGGGCGGCCAUAGCGAGGUGCAAGUACAAGGUGAAGAUCCAGCCCGGUGCGACCAAGAAGGGCAAGGCGCUGAAGGACAUCCUGGAGAGGUGGAAGUUCGAGGCGGGGAAGAAGGGGAACGUCGACGAGCACUCCAGGGACUCGGAGAGGAUGUGGCCACGCGAAGUGGAGCUGAUCAAGACGGUCAAGCCGGAAGAUGUGAACAAUGUGGUGCCGGUGGGCAAGCUGACCGUGAUGAUGAGUGGUGGUGCGGCUGGGAAAUCUGGCGGCGGAGGAGGUGGGAAGGGGGCCAAGGGAGGCGGGAAUCAGAGUAAGGGAAGCAAAGGCGGCAAGGGUGGGAAGAAGAAGUAA